GGUCAGAGGUGGGGCAGUACGUGAGCCGACGGCGGAGUGCAGAUCUACAGUGAACCGCCCUCGGCAGAGACAAGUGAACUGGAGGGGACGGAGACCGGCGCUUGAACUCACGCUCGUGACGUCGCCUGGUUGCGGGCGAGGACGCGUGCGGAGUGCCUUCUACUGUCAGCUGCUCAGACAUGAGCGACCUAAACGCCAGCCCGCUGACCUAUCAUCCGACCGAGCGAGCAAGAUGACGUCACCAUGGGCAGUCCAAACCGGCGACGGCGGCGGGUGAGCUUCUCCGUGGUCAACGGGCCGUCCUCCUGGCGGUGGCGGGCCGGUGAGCGUCUGAAGAAGGCCGGGGGUCACCUCGGCCUCAUCCUGCUGCUCAUCGUUUACACCGCCGGCGGCGCCAAGAUAUUCCAGGACAUUGAGCUGCCCAGUGAGAUUGCCGAGUUCCGCGAUGUCUACGCCCACGUGAUGCAAGAGCGGCACGAGCUCGUGUGGGGCAUCGUCAACAACACGGACGUCAUCAACCUGGACCGGCUGGUCGGGAGCCUGCUGCAGAAGUACGAGACGGAGCUGCUGAGGGCCGUCCGCUCGGGCGUCAACGUCACGCCCGGCGAGCCGGCACAUAAAUACAAGUGGACGUACAUACAUUCCGUGUUCUUCUCGUCCACCGUGCUCACCACCAUCGGCUACGGCAACAUGGCGCCGCGCACCACGUCCGGCCGGCUGUUCUGCAUGCUGUUCGCGCUGGUCGGCAUUCCGAUGACGGUUUCGGUGAUCGCCGACCUCGGCGCGCUGUUCGCCACCUCCGUGUCGGCGCUGCCCGGACACCAGCUGACGGAGCGUCAGGAGCGCGCGCUCACGCUGCUGGUGGCGCUGGGCUCGCUGGUGCUGUACAUUGCCGUCGGCGGCGGCCUCUUCCUGCUCUGGGAGCAGUGGACCUUCUACGAGUCGUUCUACUUCUGCUUCAUCACCAUGACGACCAUCGGGUUCGGCGACUUUGUGCCUGAGAACGCCGAGUACAUGCUGGUGUGUACGGUGUACAUCCUGGUGGGGCUGGCGCUCACCACCACCAUCAUCGAGAUCGUCCGUCGCCAGUACGCGCAGUCCUGGCGCCAAAUGAAGAUGCUCUCCUCCAGAAUCCAGAGCCUGUCCGGGCCGCUGGCCGAACACCUGAAGAAGCUGGGAGAGCACGGCCACGGCGUCACCGUCGACGUCGACCUGGUUCGCGAGCUCAAGGAGCUGCGCAAGACGAUGGCACAUGCCAAGCUGAAGGAUAGUCUGGGAUGGGACGACGCCGAGCUGGACGCACUGCAGCCGUCACCUCCGCUCUUGCAGAUCGUCAUCUACGAGAGUAACGUCUGACGCGUUCGUGGCGUAGCCAUCGUCGGAGACGGUGCUGGGGGCGAUCCGAGCGUGUGAGAACGGCAGUCGGUGCCAGUGGAGCUGUAGCCUCAGCGUUGGAGGCGGCACGAGCGCGGGGAGCGGCGGGCGGUGCCGGUGGAGCUGUGGCCUCAGCGUUGGAGGCGGCACGAGCGCGGGGGCGCGAGGGACAGUGCCGGUGGAGUUGCGGCCUCGGCGCUGGAAGUGGCUCGAGCGCGGGCGGUGCCGGUGGAGCUGCGGGCUCAGCGCUGGAGGUGCCUCGAGCGCGGAGGAGCGGCGGACGGUGCCAGUGAAGCUGCGGCAUCGGUGCUGGAGGCGCCCCGAGCGCGGAGGAGCGGCGGACGGUGCCAGUGGAGCUGCGGCAUCGGUGCUGGAGGCGCCCCGAGCGCGGAGGAGCGGCGGACGGUGCCAGUGGAGCUGCGGUCUCGGUGCUAGAGGUCCCCCGAGCGCGGAGGAGCGACGAACGGUGCCAGUGGAGCUGUGGCCUCAGCGCUAGCAGUGGACUGAGUCGGGACGGGGUCGGUAUUUGAGGACCCUAUCGGUGCUGAAUCGCGUAUGUCCGCUCGUGGACCUGUGCUUGCUUGGCACUGGAGCGCGGUGGAUCGUUACGGCUCGGGGCGGAUCGGUACGGAAUGAAUUGACGCUAAAUCAGUGCUGGGUUGGCGCCGGAUUGGUGCUGCUCUGUAUGGUUGUUGAACCAGCGGUGCGUGAGGUAUUAUCGGACGGGAAAGAGCGUUCUGAAAAUGGCGUUCAAUCGCCGUGUGCUUAGAUUGUACUCCGAGUCGCUGGUCGCGACGAGGUAUGAGGGAACGUUGUUCCAAAGCGUCGACAACCGUGUGUACCACUGCCUCGCUCGCCAUCCGUUCCCUUAGUCGCUUCUGCUUCAGCGCAUUUAGGCAGACGGAGGCAGCACACGCCGGAUGGCUUCCUUGCAAUGCUAGGCAACUGUCACCCGCUCAAGUUAGUCGACGAAGUGCUCACCAUCAAUGGUGGCCGGCCUCCGUCGCUGAUGAAGACUGCUUUGUGUAGGGCUGCCUAAAAACCUUUGAUCUAGAAACGCUGCAUUUCGUGGGGAUUUUCGUCGUCCAGCAAUUGGUCAACAUUUAGUUUCAAUAUUUUUGAUAUUUCUUUAAACAUGUUUGGCUCAAACUGGCGCUUUUUGGCGGUCAGUUGAAAUGACGCCAAUAUCACAUUAGGACAUUUUCACUUCAAUAACGUCCAAGCGAAAGAACAAGUGCGAGUGCGGCGGCUAUCUGGUUGUUAAGUGUCCUGCAUAUUUUGGGAUUUUUCAUGUUCUUUUUGCAAGCGCAUAUAUAUAUAUAUAUAUAUAUAUAUAUAUAUAAUGUAACUGACUGGUCAAGGCCGGUAUAUGUAUCAGGGCGGUCCUGUGCAGUGGUAUAUAACAUAGAUAUAUGCAUAUAUCUACUAUACUAUAUGCAUCGUAUUUCUUGAUGAGAAACCAGCUUUUGCGGGUAACUAUGUGAGACAUGACAAACACCGAAGCAUGACGCUAUCUAAGUACAAGACCGGAAGCGAUAGUCUGCUGAACUGGAGCUGAGCUUCUCGAGUGGCAAGCUCGAGGUCUCCACAACACGUUUCGUGUAGGUGCUUUGGACCCAGACCUCCUCACACAAACUGUUCAGACUUUACGCGGGGAGCUUCGUGAAAUUAAGAGUGUCUAGUCAAAGGUUUUCAUAAGCCCAGCUUCCCCUGCCCAGUGUGCCCGGCGCCGCGUGUUCGUGUGCGAAUGCCUGCUCGAGUAUGACCUGGGGGACGAUGAAGUCCUCAAGCGCUUUCACCGACAGGUCAUCGUGUUAUGGUU